AUGCCGCAACGACCACGACCACGACAGCCGCAACAACAGGACCAACAACCGUCGGUACUAAGACCAGCGGCGACAGCGCUACUAGUAACAGUGCUGCUGCUGUCAGCCGCCGCGCUCUCGCGCGGGGACGUAACGGACGUGUUCAAGCCCUUCUGCGGACCCGAGUCGUACAAAGACCCUCCUCCUAAAGGGUGGAAACGGUGGAGCGACCCGCGGGCGUGGCCCAAUAACAGAGUGCCAGGUGUGGGGAAUAACCGAGGCGCCAACGCGACGAUAACGUGCGGCGUGGGGAUGCUCUUAGACGUCAGCAUCACCGUCUACUUUCUGAAGAUCAAUGGCUGGCUCAAGGUGGAGGCGUUGGGUCCACUGCAGGUGAAUGCGGCGUUCAUUUUAAAUCAGGGCCGCGUCACUGUCGGCACGGCAACGUCGCCGUAUGCCGGCAAGCUAACCGUCAACCUAACCGGCGCCGCCAACGAGCUCAUCAUCACGCGCCCCCCCGCCGCGCCGUUUCAGCCGCGCUCCGUAGGCGUGCGUGUGUUCGCCACCGUCGGCGGGCGGCUCGAGCUCAAUGGCAUGUAUGGCAACGCGCCCGCGUGGACCACGCUCGCCGCUACUGCGAAUCAAGGGGCGCGAGCUAUCCGGGUUAAGGGGGACGUGAGCGCGUGGCCGGUAGGCGGCGUGAUUGCGAUCACGUCGACGGAUUUUGACCGUUACCAGGCGGAGAAUUUUACAAUCAGAUCGGUGGCGAGAGGUCCAAGGAACACGACGGUGUUGGCGCUGAACGGCGCGCUGGCGUGGAUGCACUGGGGGGAGGCGGUGACGUCGGGCGUGGCGGGCGCGACGGUGGACGAGGCGGCGGAGGUGGCGCUGCUGUCGCGCGCGAUCGUGAUUCAGGGCCACCAGAACCCCGAGGACCCGCUAAUCGGCGGGCAUUUCAUGGUGAUGCAGACGGCAGAGCGGCAACUCAUCAAAGGCGUCGAGCUCGUCAACAUGGGCCAGCAGGGAAGCCUCGGCCGCUACCCCAUGCACUUUCACCUCUGCCAGAACGUUAGAGGCUCGGUGGUCAGCAGCUGUAGCGUGCACGACAGCAAUCAACGGUGCUACGUGGUGCACGGCACGUGGAAUCUACGGCUGGAGUGGAACCUGGGGAUCAAAACCAAGGGCCACUGCUUCCUGCUGGAGGACGGUAUCGAAACCGGCAACGUGUUUUAUAAGAACCUAGGGUUUCUCCAGGAGCCCCCGCAGCGCAUGCUCACUCCGCUCGACGCGAAACCCGCCGUGCAGAGCGACAACUCGCCGUCGACGUUUUGGAUCACGAACCCGAACAACGCGUUCAUAGGGAAUGUCGCGGCGGGGUCGAGCGAUUCGGGAUUCUGGUUCCAGCUCGAAGCGGACGUGAAAGGGCCGUCCGCGUUGUACGCGCAAGCGGCGGCCAUGGCGCCGAAGCUCAUGCCGCUGGGUUCGUUCGUGGGCAACGCGGCGCACUCCAACGGCCGCGCGGGGCUGCGCACGUACCCCUCGGGGUACCGCCCUCGCCUCAACGGGGGGAAAUCGACGAUGCAGGAAUAUUCGGGGAUCAACGCGCCUGCAGCGAACAUUACAUUUAAGGGCUUCCGGGCGUACAAGAACCAGUUCAUAGGCAUGUUCAUUCACGAGACGGACUCGCUGACCAUCACAGAGGCGCAGGUGGCGGACAAUGCAAUUGUGGGCAUCGAGCUCAACCGCGACCAGGCCAUCACGAUCUCCAACUCGGUAAUCCUGGGCGAGACGGACAACACAGGAAAUCCCUUGGGCUGCGACAACACGCACACAGAGUACACAUCCUGCAAGUCCCGCGUGGAGAAGACCGGAUCCUGCAACCUUCCGUUCGCCUCCACGCCCGACGUGGCCCGCUCCAACUCCCCCACCGUCUCGCGCUACUGGACCCAGUUCGGAGUGUUGAUCGACCAGGACGAGUACCCCGGGCACGGGCGCAAGGGCAUGCCGCACCGCAUCGUCAACUGUACGUUCGGGAAGUUUUUCAACAAGUGCAGAACCUCGGCCGCGGUGACAGCCAACGGGCACGGCACGGACAUGUGGACGACGGCGCAUAGCAGUGCGAGGAUUCGGAUGGCGGACCGGUCGCCGUUUAUCUGGAUGGUGCCGCGGCAGCUGGGGCAGCUGGGGUUUGAGACCGGGGGAGGCGAUGCAGGCCCGCUCACAAGGUUCCUCACGUGGAAGGAUGAAGAUGGGACGGUGCUGGGCGGUACGGGUGGGUAUGCCGUGGCGAAUACGACUGGGCUGGAGCCCUCGUCCACUGUUCGCUGCUCUCCGGUAUGUGCUGUGGGGAGGGGUGAGGGGGAGAAGGAGGGGUGUCUGUCUGGGGGGAAGGACAGUUUUGUGCUGUGUGCUGUGGAUGGUGGUGGUGAUUCCUGGCAGAACCGCCCGCACUGGAACGGCAUGGCGUGCCCGCAAGCGUGCUACCGCAGCGUGGGCAUCAUGGGCGCGCCCUUCCUCCUCACGCGCAUCGCAGACGGAGCAGUGAUCAACCCCGAUGGCGCACGCUACGUGAACCUCCCCGCCAACACCUCCUACCUCGUCACGUUCACCGCUCUUCCCUCCGGCCCUGUGUCGCUCGCGUACACGGAUCAAGGACUUAGCUGUUCCUCAUCGGUGGUGCUGCAGUUGGCGCCUCCCGCGCCCAGGAUGGUGUGGCAGGUGGCCUCUGCGCCGAAAUUGUUCUGGCAAGCGUGUGGCGGGGUGAAGGCGCCGUUCAAGAACAUUACGCAGCUGGCGUACAAGUGUGACGCACAGCGCAAUGUGAACCUGCAGAUCACCAUGGGCUCCUCCUCCUCGGUCGUCGUCUCGCUCUCUGCUGUCCGCGGCUCCAUCGCCUGCACGUACACGCAAUGCGGUGUGUUCUCCUCGUCAGGCACGUGGCGCUACUCUGAUGCCGGCACGCGCCCGGCCUCCUUCCUCUCCCUCAAGCCCCUCGCUGCCUCUGACUCAAACUGGAAGCGGGGCGUGGGGCCCUUUGGCCGCGGCGGCCAGGGCGAACUCACCACGCUCGCCAGCCCGCAAGCCACAUCCCUGGCGUUCUACUUUCGGAAGCAGUUCCAGCUUGACAACACUUCCACGCUGUGCUACCAGCGCCUGCUGCUGGGCGUGGUGGCCAGUGACGGCUUUGUGGUCUAUGUGAACGGCAAGGAGGUGCUGCGCUCCAACAUGCCACAGGGCCGCGUCCUGCCCACCACCCCCGCGUCCAUGGAUGCGAGUCCCAACGCGCCCUGGUCCACCUUCACUGUCUCCCUGGACUCCUUCCGCUCUCUCCUCCGCACGGGCGCCAACGAAGUAGCGGUGGAGCUGCACACGUCCAGCCCGUACUCAUGGGAGUCCCGCUUUGACAUGUGGAUGGCUCUCGCCAGCAGCACGUGCGCGCCCUGGCGUAUAUUCAACCCGCAGUCGCUGGUGCCCACGCCGCAGGCCACGCCCAUGGCGGCUGCGAAAGCGGCACGGAUGGCGUCGAGCAUGGCGCAUGUGGGUGGGAUUGGAGGGGAUGGAAACGGGGACUAUGGGGAUGAGGCGGACCUUAGAUGA